CGAACUUAGAAUUUCCACAAGUUUUUCACUAGACUGUUCAUAGUUGGUUUGGCUUUGUCUCGCACACGUGCAGCUGUUCAACACGUGUAGCUCCGACCUAUUUGAAUUGUGAAUCAGCUGAUUGAUUGUAUUUGUACGAACGUAGGAGGUUUCUUUUGGUGAUUCCACUUGUGACUUCGUUGGUUGUUCGUCUGCUGCCAUCCUAAACAACGGGAAAAAUGUCCUUGUAUCCGACUUUGGAGGACAUGCACGUCGGUGGCCUCAUGGAGGCACAGAAGGCGCACGAUCGCGCCCAAGCGCUGGCACAGCAGUCAGCCACGCCCCCGUACAAUCCCGCUGCGGCGGGCUUCGCUCCCAGCCCGGGCGCAUUCACGGGCGGCAUGUACCCCUCCCUGAACGAGUACAUGGGACUCAGCCCGGAAAUGAUCGAUCAGGCCUCACGCCUGCAGACUCAGCAGCCUGCUCCCGUUGCUUCACAGGCUGUCGUCAGUCGUCCGGCAGCUGGUCCUUUGAUGAGCGGUCCCGUUACGGGUGGUUCCGUUGGUCUGCUGCGCGCCCAGGUUACUCACGGGAUUCGUGCGGUCACGUUAUGCAAAGAUGGCAAAGGCAAGGCGGGCCUGCGCCUGUACUCGGUCAACAAUGGUGUGUUCAUCUCGUUUGUUAUGGCCAACUCUCCCGCCGCGCUGUGCGGAUUGCGCUUUGGGGAUCAGAUUCUGCAGAUGAAUGAUGAGAACUGUGCCGGGUGGAGCACAGAUCAUGCGACAAAAAAAUUGCAGAAGGCUGCGGGCGAUUCCAUUCGGCUGGCUGUUCGCGACAGGCCCUUCGAGCGCACCAUCACCAUGGUGAAAGAUAGUGCCAAUCGUGUUGGCUUUGGCUUUCGGGAUGGCAGAAUCGAGAAGAUUGUUCGUGAGUCGUCAGCUGCUCGCAAUGGCAUACUGACGGAUCACAAUCUGUUGGAAGUGAACGGCCAAAACGUAAUUGGUCUCAAGGACAAGGAGAUUUUACAGUUGCUCGAGCAGAGUCCUAAUGAUGUCACCAUCACAAUUAUGCCGUCUGUUAUCUUUCAGCACAUUAUGAAGAAUAUGUCGGGGGAUUUAGUUCGUAAAUCUAUGGAUCAUUCCGUGCCGUGCAUCUAAUACCAAUAAGCAGCCUCUGCGCUAAUCCGCUGGCCAUGACAGAUCCCGCGUUCCGCAUCUUACGUUCUUGACUCGGACAUUCAGCCUGUCGACUUUUGCACUGACUGCUUAAUUGCCAAUCGGUCUCAGUUCACAAUUGUUAAUGCCAAAGUGAUUUUUUUCGUUUUUCGUUACAGUGGUAUUUUAUAAGUUUUAUAAGUUAAGAAAAUAGAUUCCUAUGGUUUUUUGCCAUGGUGAAACUAGUCGAAUAAAAGGCGAAUGAAACCUAAAUUAAAAAUGUCUUCUCUGGAUGGAAAGAACUGAUCGCUUU